CACGAAAAGAAACCCCAUCGAAUUUUGUCAUCAUUCCUUUUUUCCCUUGAAAAAUCUCGCGGUCAAGCAUUCAGAUUCAACCAACCGUCAACUUUCCAACACCACAAGAAUUAAGAAAAGAUAAUUCACAAUGCCUCCCAAGAAGACUACCCGUCCUGCCCAGGAGAACAUCUCCCUCGGACCUCAGGUCCGUGAAGGCGAGCUCGUCUUUGGCGUUGCCCGUAUCUUCGCCUCUUUCAACGACACCUUCGUCCAUGUCACCGAUCUCAGUGGCCGCGAAACCAUCACCCGAGUCACCGGUGGUAUGAAGGUCAAGGCCGAUCGUGACGAGUCCUCCCCCUACGCCGCCAUGUUGGCUGCCCAGGACGUCGCCGCCCGCUGCAAGGAACUCGGCAUCAACGCUCUCCACAUCAAAAUCCGUGCCACCGGUGGCAACGGCACCAAGACCCCUGGUCCCGGUGCCCAGUCCGCCCUCCGUGCCUUGGCUCGUUCCGGCAUGAAGAUCGGCCGUAUCGAGGACGUCACCCCCACCCCCUCCGACAGCACCCGCAGAAAGGGUGGUCGCCGUGGUCGUCGUUUGUGAUUGCACCAUAUCAUAUCAUAUCACCCCCCUGGUGCUUAUGGGCGAUCUGGAGUCAAUCGGCGGAACGGCUUUGCAUCUGGACUUCUUCAUCUCUGUGGCGUUGACAAUUACGAGGAGAACGGCGUGCAUCUGGUGAACAGAACAUGCCUGGUCUCCAUGAUACUUAGGGUAGCUAUGCUUAUUGUCACAUGAUGCCUUUUGGCACGACUACAGCAGAAAUGGGAAAAACUGAUCAAUAA